AAGUUUGCCAGCCAGUCAUCUUCAUAUUGUGGAUGGCGUGGGAUCAGAACCGAACGAGCCCGGGGCCCGCUGGCGGCUGCCCCCCCGUGGGCAUCCAGCUGGAGGGCGUCAUUCUGCCGCCGGUCCUCACGGUGGACGUGGUUCUGGGCCUGCUGGGGAACACGCUGGCUCUGUGGAUCUUCUGCUUCCGGACCAAGUCCUGGAACCCCAACAACUUGUUCCUCUUCAACCUGGUCGUGGCCGACUUCCUGGCGCUGGUCAGUCUGCCUCUGAGGAUCCACGCCUUGCUCAAAGGCCACUGGGUUUUUGGGGACGCCGUGUGCCGCCUCAACCUCUUCCUCAUGUUCUCCAACCGCACCGCCAGCAUCGCCCUCAUGACCGUGGUGGCGUUGUACCGCUACUUCAAGGUGGUCCACCCGCACCAGAGCUUCACCCGCAUGAGCAGGACCCAGGCCUGGAAGUUGUCGGUGCUGGUGUGGCUGCUGGUGGUCUGUCCCCGCCUGCCCAUGCUGGCCUACAACCACAUCAAGGGCGGCGGCAACGCCACACAGUGCUUCUUCUUCACGUCCUACAAGGAGGCGUCGCGGGGCAUCCUGGUCCUGGUGGCCGUGCACCGCGUCCUGACCGUGCUGGAGUUCCUGCUCGCCAUGGCCGUGCUGAUCUUCUGCUCCGUGCGCAUCUCCCGCGUCCUGAAGGGGCGCCAGAUGGGCAGACCCCACAAGGUGCGGCGGGCCAUGCGGGUGUGCGUGGUCAUCGUGGCGGUCUUCCUGGUGUGCUUCCUGCCCACCACCGUCACCACCGUGGGCGUGUGGGUCAUCCGCUCCUACCGCCCGUGGGACUGCGGCGCCUUCUACACCUUCACGCAGCUCACCAUUGUGUCCCUGGGCCUCAACUUCCUCAACUCCGCCCUGGACCCCGUGGUCUACGUCUUCUCCAGCUCCAUGUUCAGGAGGGCCCUCCUGGGCGCCGUGCCCCGCUGCCUGCGCUGCGGAAGUGACGAGGUCGAGUCCUCUUCAGCGUCCCAGUCCACCAGCCAGCAGGAGCUCAAGUCUCUGAGGACCAGCAGAGCCAGUGAAGCCACCUGAGGAACAACAAACUUGAUUUUCCGACGACACAAAACUCAUCAAGACCAUCUUUGUCACUUCAGUCUGACCUCUCCUGGUUUUACAAGACGCAGAACUGGAGUGGACUUCAUGGCCCUCUAGUGGACACACUGCUCAACUGCUGUUUUUUUUGUUCCACUACACCAGUGGUCCCCAAACUGCGGCCCAGAUCCGGCCUGCCAGCGUUAUAUAUAUAUAUAUAUACACACAUACAUAUAUACAUACAUACAUAUACACAUACAUAUAUAUAUACAUACACAUCUAUAUACACAUAUACAUAUAUAUAUAUAUAUAUAUAUACAUACACAUAUAUAUACAUAUAUAUAU